GCAGAGGAUCGGGUCUGGGAACGCCAGCCGACCUUGGGACGGAAUCUAGGAUAAUUGAUGAGGGAAGACUCUGCCGUGAUUUCUCCAUAUAUCUGACCAUCGGAAUUUGUUUCCCUGCACUUCGGCUCCGGAGUCCGCAGACAAAUUGCAGGUCACAGGGACCAGCGGCCGCUUGAGUGUCAGCCUACUCCGAGAGGAGCAGUAGAUUCGACCGGCCCCGAUCUUCUCCAACCCGCCAAACUUACCCCCUCCUUUCCCCCAUUUGAAUCGCCUGCGGCUGCUUCAUAGCAUAGAUUCUAUUUUCAGACGAUAAGGCGGAGAGAACCCUGGAAAGUAGAUGACAGCGCCCCAUGCUAGGCGAUGAGCACCUUCGUUGCACAAUGAAAAGGAGUCACCCUCACUUUGAAGCCAAUGGCGAGGCUUCCUCGGGGUCGUCCCCCCGGGGCGCCCUCCAGCAAUCUCAGUCGGAGAAUGACGCACGUCAGAGCCCGCAUCAUGUCCCAAAGAUAUCACGAAGGAUACGUGCUUGCACGGAGUGCAAGCGGCAUAAGGUCCGAUGUGAUAUGAGUGCGGGGGAGACUAUUUGUCAACGAUGUCGCCGGAUGGGCUUAGAGUGCGUCGUCAACAAAAGCCUCCAGACAUUGCUUGACGACGAAGCAGAGUGGAAGUCGACUAUUGAGCUUGCCAUGGCCGAUUUACUUCGAAAAGCUCAAUUACCUGAGUUGUCGUACUACCAAGCGUUCGGAAGGUCGGCUGAACUGCCUCCUAGAAAGAGAGGUCGCAAAGAGUCAACGGCGUCAAUAGAGGAUACCCCUCCGAAUAUGGGUCAUAGACCGACGCAGUCAACUGAUAUCGCAGCCCACGCUGGUGCUGAGAAACCGAACCCGCCUACAACCACCUUGCAACCACAACAACGACAACAACAGCCACCACCACCGCAAUAUGCUAUUGAUAAGGAAGAGAAUGGUGCAACGUCAUUGGUUACUGCUCCGAUGGGAAGUUUGUAUGAAGUGACUCAGCUGAGUGAUAUCCGGGCUAGUUCUCCUGAACGACAGCAUGCGCAUGAUCUCGUAACGGAUUUUGUUUCUCGCGGAGCAGUGGAUCUACAAGAAGCAGAGGAAUUGUUUGAUCAUUUCGACCGCGUCCUGAACCGCUAUCUAUGGGAUGGUAUAUUGUUGGUGCAUAAGGAUCUCACAUCUUUGCGGAACUCAUCUUCUAUGCUCUCUGCUGCCAUCUUCGCCGUAACCGCUCUCCACCUGCCUAAUAAAGAGCGGACUUUCGAUACAUGUUAUACCGAGUUCGCAAAGUUGGCAUCGGAAUCGAUGCUCGACAGGCAUCAUACUUUAGAUGAUCUGCGCGCAUUGUGUAUAGGGGCAUUCUGGCUCGCCGAUGUAAGCUGGAAGCUGUCAGGGUAUGCAGUGCGGAUUGCGACGGAACGUAACCUCCAUCAAGCCUACCGAAGAGCCACGCUGGGUUCUCCGGAACACAAAGAACAGGCUAGGCUUUGGUAUCUCCUCUAUACUUUAGAACAUCACUUCUCUAUUGCCUACGGGCGUCCACCUAUAAUCCACGAAGACUACAGCAUCACAAAUCAUCACACCUUUAUACUCUCCCCAUCGGUAUCACAGUCUGACCUCCGCCUACACAGCCAGGUGGAUUUGUUCAUUAUACUCACUAGGAUAUACCAUGCCUUCGGCCCCGACGUUGACCUAGAGGUUCCAGAAAGUGAAUUUUCUACGAUAGACAAAUUUGACGCUGACCUCGGGGAUUGGCGAUCCGCAUGGCUACCACGUUUAGCUGGAAGUCGGUAUGUUGGUGCGUACCCUUACAAAGCUGUAUUCUUACACUAUAAUUUCUGCCGCUUGCAGCUAAAUUCUGUCGCGCUGCGAACCUAUCACUCUUCGACUUCGACGCGUCCCAUGUCUACUGAAAGGAAAAAGCGCGCAAAUAUAGCUAUUGAAUCAGCGAUCGGAACACUCAUGGUAGUCUUGGAUGAACCUGACAUACAACGAGCUUUGGUUGGUGUUCCGCUGUACCUCCACAGUAUGAUCACAUUUGCGGCCGUCUUCCUUUUGAAGAUUGCUGCUAAGGGCUGCUCGAGUGCUACCCAGAGCGGCCAAAGCCAGCAAAAUUCGAUUGCGUCCGCGGGCCUCCAUAUCGACGUGUCAUAUGUGCGUUCUUUGGUCGGCCGAAUCAUUGAGCUGAUGGUGUCAUGUAGCAAGCGAGCUAGUGAGCGCCAUCUCAGCCAUCAUAUAUCUCGUGGCUUAAGGAAAAUGCUCACGGGACUUGAGGAAUGGGAAAAGCGAACCUGCGGCUCACAACAGCCCUCUGGACACAGGCCCCGUGAUAAUGCUUCAAUGUUCAAACCUGUAAUAAUUCCUGGAGCGGAACCAUUAGGCGAGCGUGACACGAUCUUGAAUCACCCACCUCCCCUCUUAGGGGUUGCUCCUUUAUCUGCGGAGAGAGGCAAUGGAUUCGAAUCCGAAAUGAAGCAACAAAACGGACUUUCUGAGGGUUCCGUGGAUCCCAUGAUGGUUGACCUGUGGGGAUUUGAUGAAGAAUACUUCCCCACUGGAGUGUUCGAUUUUCUUCAAUCCCAGAUGCCUGCUUGAUAGCCUUGUCAUAUCUUCUGGAUCAUGGCAGAACCCCCGGAUUGAGGGGAACCUAGAGGUUGACAUCAGGUCAUUGUCUCGUGUGCUCUCCCUCCUCCGAACACAAGUCGGAUAUGGCCCAGUUUCAUAAAGGAACCCCUUGGUCGGAUCUUAUUGGACUGCCGUUGUUGCACCAGUAUUCACUUGGGAACCCAAUUACGUACUGGAAAAGAUCCUGGGCGAAAGGCGAUGCGUGGGUGCCCUGUGUGGCGGCUAUCAUGCAUGUAUACUGUAAAGCCUUCACUGACCGUCCUCAUUUCAUCAAGUGCCGGCAAUGCGCCGCGCCUUGAGGUGAACAGCCCGGCCCAUAUUGCUCAGUUCCGCCUAGGGCAAUGUAAUGCGGCGGCCUUUUGGGGGUGGGGUAAUAGUAUUGUGGAUUUACCCAUUACGAUUGUACGGUACUAUACUGAUAGAAAUUUAAUGAUUGUAAAAUCCAU